GAUAUCUGAAAGAUAAAAACUUGGGUGGAGUCAGCAUGGAUGUUUUAACUAAGAGCGUGCAGCCUUCAAGGCGCACUGCGCAUCCUGCUUGACAUGAACCCGACUCCGUUAGAGUCAAUGUCCAGACACGAACUGUUGGCAAUGUGCAGCCCAGAGGGCGCACAAUCAAGCCCAAAGGUUGUUAAGGCUAAGGCUUGUCAGAACUCAUGCAGCCGUAGCGCACGUCGUUCGACAUCGGGGCCCAUAACCUAUUAA